AUAAUUGUCGUUAUGUCCAAAAAGUUGCAAGUGCAUGUGAUACCCAGCUGAGUGAGAGAGAAGUAUAUAAACUCUUUUGAGUUAUAACUCGAAAGGCGUCCCUUCGUGUCUCUUCUUCGCACAAGAUCUCGGAAAGAAUGCUGUUCUUCGCAGUGGCCGUGUCGGCGUUGGCCCUCGCGGUGCCAGGGGGCCUCUGCGCCCCCCCCAGGGAGAUCAGUAUCGGGCACUGUCCCGAUUAUUUCCCGAAGCAAGAUUUUGUUCUCUCCUCGUACCUCGGCCUGUGGUAUGAGCAGCAGAGGUUUGACAACGGCUUUGAGAUGGGACUCGACUGUGCCAAGGCCGAGUACACUGACCUAGGCGACGGUUUCUUCGAGCUCCACAACUCCGGCAGGCUGGAGGGGGACCUUUUCGCCGAGUCCUUUGCCGUAGGGUACGAACUCGCUCCGGGGCACAUCAUCGCCAACUUCGAAGGACAUGACCCUGUUAAUUACUUCGUAUUAGAUACUGAUUACGAAACAUUUGCUGCCGUAUAUAACUGUGUCCAGUUGGGCGAAGUUAUGUACGAAUACGCGUGGAUGUUCACCAGGGAAACCAGCGUGUCUGAGGACCUCAUUGCCAAAAUCCGCCAGGUGUUCGUGGAUAACGGGGUGGAUGUCAACCUCUUCCAGGUGACCAACCAAGGACCUGAUUGCGUCUAUAUUCCUUAAAACCCAGGGACGAAAUUUACGUUUUUGUUUUCUGAAGGGGACGUGUUUACGUCCGUAGGAUUUUUGGUGAGUUAGUGCCUAUGAUCCUCUAGGAAAAUAAAGACUUAAGAAUAUUUUGUUAAUA